AUGUCAGAAUUUACUGAAGAAUCUUUUAAUGCGUUUCGUCAGCAAUUGGUACAAGAACGUCAAGCAUCUCCAAGCGCGACUGAUAGUUCAUUGCAUUCUCCCUUGUAUGCUUUUGGCGUUCGUCCCCACUACGAUUGGACUCCAGAUCUUUUGGGAGCCUCCGAAACAGAUUCAUCGCCCAACAAUUGA